AUUUUAUGGGAGCGUGCUCUAGCAAUCCUAAACGAAAAUAUGCUUCAAAAAGAGGUAGUUAGAGUACCUUUAACAAAACACAAGAAGUUUCUACAAUAAAAUCGAACAAAAGUCUUCAGAAACAAAGAACAAAUUUUAAAGUUGCUCCCAAUAUCUUUAUAUCAUUGAAAAGUGGGAGCAUUCUAACCUAUUAUAAAGUAUAAUCAAUCUUAGGGGAAGGUAGUUAUUGAAUUAAUAAUUGUAGGAACCUAUGGAAGAGUGAGCUUGGUAAUACAAAAAUCGACUUAGAUACUUCGGGCAAUGAAAUAGAUCGCGAAGGAUAAAAUACUUGUAAGUUAAAGGGAUAAAAUGAUAUAAGAAGUAAACAUUUUAAAAAAUCUUGACCAUCCAAACAUAGUUAAUAUUUAUGAGCUCUAUCAAGAUGAACAUCAAUAUUAUUUGAUCACUGAGUAAUGUUUUACAUUAACAAAGGUAUUUAAGUGGUGGAGAACUAUUUUCUAGAGUUUAAUAAAGAAAUAAUUUUAAUGAGAAGGUUGCUGCCAAUUAUAUGAAACAAAUUUUAAGUGCAGUAAAUUAUUGUCACCAAAGAAAUAUUGUUCAUAGGUAAUAAAUGAGUCUAUAUUAAGAGAUUUGAAACCUGAAAAUAUCUUAUUUGAUUCCAAGACUUCUGACGACUGUCUUAAGAUUAUUGAUUUCGGGACAGCCAAAUAGUUGGAACAAAAUUCUUAAUUAAAAUAAAAAAUAGGAACUCCUUAUUUCAUUGCUCCUGAGGUUAUUGAUCAGAAUUAUAACAACAAAUGCGAUAUUUGGUCAUGUGGCGUCAUUCUUUAUACUCUUAUGUCAGGCAAGGCUCCUUUUAAUGGUGCCAGUAUUAAUGACUUAUAUAAGAACAUUAAAGCAGGACAAGUCGAUUUUAAUGGUAUUAAUAUGUAUUUAUUCAUAAUUAGGUGAUGAAUGGAAGGACGUGUCAGAAUAAGCAAAGAGUUUUAUCUUAAAAAUGCUGACAGUAGAUCCAGCGAAAAGAAUUUCAGCUGAAUUGGGAUUGAAAGAUCCAUGGAUAGUUAGCAAUUAGAGAAUUGAUAAAAUCAAUCCUAAAAAUCUUUAAAAUCUUGAAUCUUUUCAUGUAAUAUUUGAUUUAUUUUAUAUUUUCAGAAUAAAAGUAAACUUAGUUCUGCUAUCUUACAAUUAAUCUCAACCUAAAUUAUGAAUUCGAAAGAAAAAAAAGAAUUAAUAGAAGGAUUCAAAGCAAUUGACAAAAAUGGCGAUGGAAAGUUAAGUAAAGAAGAACUUACCUAAUGUAAUUGAAUUCUUUUAAAUUAGGUUAUAUGAAUUUAUACUAAGAUGAAGUAAAAUGUUCAUAAAUAGUGGAUAAAAUAUUUCGAACUGUGGAUCUUGAUCAUUCAGGAACGAUUGAUUAUACUGGUAAUUUUUGAAAUCAUUAUUGUUUUAGAAUUUAUCAUUGGUUAUACAGAAAUGCAAAACCUCAUGGCUAAAGAGAAACUGGAAACAGCAUUUAAAUUAUUUGAUAAGGAUGGAAAUGGCAUCAUAACUAAACAAGAACUUAAAGAAAUUUUAGGUGGAUUAAACUUGGAAGAUAAUUAAUGGGAAAAUGUUUUUAUGGAAUUAGACACAAAUGGUGACGGUGAAGUUUCUUUUUAAGAGUUUACAUCGCUUUUAUUAAGAGAUACCAAAUAAAAUUGAAAGGAUAAAAUUUUGAAUUCAUAUUUAUUAUAAUUUUUAAUCUAAU